AUGGAGCAGGAUGGACAAGAGGGAAGGGAGCGGAAAGACUCUCAGGAACCCACCAGUGCUGGGGUCCCUAGGGAUGCUGGUAUGGUGGAGGGGCCUGGAGUUCCAGAAGAUGUAGAUGUGGUGAGGGCCUCUGAGGAGGCAAGACAGGAGGAUCCUAGAGCCUCCUGGGAGACGGACAUGUUGAGGAUCCCCAACGGGGAAAGUAGGGUCGAGAGGUCUGGAGUCUCCAGAGAUGUUGACAUGUUGAUGGUCCCCGAUGGGGCAAGAAGCGUGGAGAGUCUUGGCACCUCCAGGAAUGAGGGCACGGUGAGGGUCUCUGAGGAGGACCAGGCGGAAACCCUGAAGGAGAGAAGAAAAAGAGCCGGGAUGCUGCUGCAAGUCCAGGAGGCAAGAAGUGGGGAGGAAUCUGAGAUUCCUGAUGAGACCAGCGAGCUGGUGGUCGCUAAGGGGAAGGCUCCAGGAAGGCCAAAACAGGAGUGGAGAAAUCACCAGCAGGAGCCAGAGGAGCAAGAGGCCAGGCAGCAGGAUGAAGAAAGGGGUUCAGAGGAGGAGCAGUACUUAAAGCCCUACACGGAGGAGACAGGGAGGCGCUAUAGCUCAAGAUCAGUGAAGCACAGGAGCUUAGCUGCCGGUCUACUUGGCCACAGCAAGAGUCAGGGCAAGUACCGCCUGGAAAGGAAGCCCAGCCUGCGGAGCCGCCCUGAAUCUUCGGCUCCCUGCAGCUUGGCCCUGGCGCCUCGCUUGGCACAGGCAAUUCUCUCGACCCUACCUCCUCCGGUGUCGUCCCUGCUUCCCCAAGUAUCCCUGGAGCCUCGGGUGUCUUCUCCGGAGGCCCGGGUGUCCCUAGGUCCGGACCAGAACCGUCUGAGCACCUUGAGGUUACCCGAGCCGGAACUGGAACAACGGCGGCCUACCAUCCGCUUCAGCCUCUGUCCCAAGUCAUCUCGCCGCCUGUCACAGAGGUCUGCUGCCCCCUGCGUCUCCUUCGUCAGUGCCUUCAACGAGCUGGCAAAACUGGGAGACCCGGACCUGCUGGAGAUGGUGAAGGAGGAAGGCUUAAGAGCCAAAGGACUAGAAAAUGUUCUGCAAAGAAGUGAGGUAAGUCAAAUGUCCAGGCAUCAGCUCCACUGUAUAUAA